AUGUAUGCAAAAGAAAUAAAGAAUUGUUUAUUGCUGUUUGUUAUACCAUAUUGUUCAUCGACGUCGUUGCCUGGAAAAAUAAUUUUAUGCUUAAUAUGUGGGAAAAAAGAUCGACAAGCUCGUUGCAAGUAUACGCAAAUUUGCACAAUUGAACGAGAAGAAAAAGUUCGUAAAGCAUAUCAAACUCGUUAUAAUAAGGAAUUAAGUGGUACACUACUAAAUCAAUUAGUGCAUGCAAUUUGCUACAAAUCACUUGUUGUUGGAAUUGAACCAGUAUCUGUCGCAAAUAAAAUAGGAAGACCAAAACGAAAAAAAAAAUAUUCAUGUCUUGAUUCAAAUCCUGCUAGAAUAUUAAUGGAUAUUACAAAUCAUCCAACAACAAUUACUACAAAAUCUAAUUUCUUUUCUACUGAAGACAGAAACAAAUCAUUUUAUGUUGGUGAAAAUAAUGAAAAAUAUACUUCUGAAUUUACAGUUGAGUGCAGCUCGAAUGCAGCACCAACAUUAUCUUCAUUAAUUGGUAUUCAUGAUCAAAUUUCAAGUAGUAGUAUAUCAUUUGUACAAUCCGAACAAGAUAUUAUCUCAAGAAAUUCUACUGAAGCAUCAUUGAUCACCAAUGGUAUAACAGAAGCCACAUCCACAUAUGAAGUGUUUGAACCAAUUAUAAACAAUUAUAACGACGUGUUUGCUGAUCGACAAGAGGAAGAUAUUACAACGUCAACUGAUAUUGAAUCAAUAGAAAAAUAUACAAUAGAUUCAACACAAACAGCAUUAACAUAUGAAGUAUUUGAACCAAUUGUAAAUAAUUGGAACAAUGUAUUUGCUGAUCGUCAAGAAGAAGAAGAUAUUACAACGUCAACUGAUGUUGAAGCAAUAGACAAAUAUACAAUAGAUUCAACACAAACAGCAUUAACAAAUGAAACUAUAUUUCAAGAUGACACACGUGCAGCUAGUCCCGACGACGAUGAUUUAUCUUUUGAAAUGGUCAUCAAUGAUCAAUGUACAAAUGAAGUUGUAAUACGAAAUGAAAGUAUAAAACGAAAACGAGAUAAAUUGAAACGAACACGAAAAAGAACUUACAAUUCAUCAAUUCAACAAGUGAAAAUCAAGUCGAAUAAAUUCGGAUUAACACCUUCAUCAAUUCAAAAUAAUUCAUUUCAUGUAACAUCAAUACAAUCUCAAUCUAUCUACGAAUCUUCUGAAGAUGAACGUGUAUUUCAAUCACCAUAUGCGUGUUCAACUCCGAAGCUCAAUGGAAUGAAAAAUAAUCUUACAUCAUUGAAUUUUAAAACUCCAUCACUGACAGUAUCACUAACACCUCGUCGCACUCCUCAUUUUCGAAAAUACUUUCGCACAACGAAAACUGCAAGUCAACCUGAUCUUAAUUAA